AAUAGAAAUCCAAGGGGCGACGGAGUUGUACAUUUUUCCGUGUUAAAUAGGUUAAUGAAUCAGCAACGUAUAAAGUGCCGUUAAAACAUGUUUGUUUAGUUCCCCGUAGCUUUAUUUUAAGUUAGUUCUUUAUUUCAUUGUGUAAUAACCACGUUUUAAGCGCUCGGUGCACGAGCACAAUUAAAAUGGCGACUGACCCAACGAAAAACCGCAUGCAAGUUUUCAAGAACACAGGCAAAGAUGUCGACGAAAUGCGCAGGCGGAGAAACGAAGUGACAGUCGAGCUGAGGAAGAAUAAAAGAGAGGAAACCCUUCAAAAGCGGCGAAAUGUGCCCAUCGGUGACUCGACGGACGAGGACGAGAUCGAGAGGACGUUGGCGUCGACAGACUUGAAGGAGCUGGUGAUGAACGCGGCAAAUGGCGAAAACCCCGAAGUACAGCUGGCGGCCGUGCAGCAGUGCCGCAAGCUGCUCUCGUCAGACAAGAACCCGCCGAUCGACGAGCUCAUCGCCACCGGCAUCCUGCCCGUGCUCGUGGUGUGCCUGUCGCGCGCCGACAGCCCGACGCUGCAGUUCGAGGCGGCCUGGGCGCUCACCAACAUCGCGUCGGGCACCUCCGCGCAGACCAACAAGGUCGUGCACGCCGGCGCCGUGCCCUGCUUCCUGCAGCUCCUGAUGUCCCCACACGAGAAUGUCUGUGAACAAGCCGUAUGGGCGCUGGGAAACAUCAUCGGUGAUGGUCCAGUGCUCCGAGACUUUGUUAUCGACUUAGGAAUGGUGCAGCCCCUCCUGAGCUUUAUCAAGCCUGAUAUCCCUAUUUCGUUCCUGCGCAACGUCACCUGGGUGAUUGUGAACCUGUGUAGGAGUAAGGACCCGCCACCGCCAGUCAAGACCAUCCAAGAAAUCCUCCCCGCACUCAACAUACUCAUCAUGCACAGUGACAUUAAUGUCCUAGUAGACACAGUAUGGGCAAUCAGCUACUUAACAGACGGCGGCAACGACCAGAUACAGAUGGUGAUCGAGUCCGGCAUCGUGCCCAAGCUGAUCCCGCUGCUCUCCCACAAGGAGGUGAAGGUUCAGACGGCGGCGCUGAGGGCUGUGGGCAACAUUGUGACGGGCACGGACGAGCAGACACAAGUGGUGCUCAACUGUGACGCGCUGUCACAUUUCCCUGCUCUGCUCUCACACCAGAAAGAAAAGAUAUGCAAAGAAGCAGUAUGGUUCCUAUCUAACAUCACAGCGGGCAACAAGAAGCAAGUCCAAGCGGUCAUCGACGCCGGUCUCCUCCCCAAGAUCAUCGAAAACCUCAGCAAGGGAGAGUUCCAGACGCAGAAGGAGGCCGCCUGGGCCGUCUCCAACCUGAGCAUCAGCGGGACCAAGGAACAGGUUGCUACACUGAUACAGUGUGGGGUCAUACCGCCUUUCUGCAAUCUUCUCAGCUGCAAGGACACGCAAGUUAUUAAUGUGGUGCUCGAUGGCCUCAGCAACAUGCUGAAGAUGGCUGGAGAAGGCGCAGUCGAAGUGGCCAACCUCAUCGAGGAGUGCGGAGGCCUGGACCGCAUCGAAGCCCUACAGAGCCACGAGAAGAACGAGAUCUACAAGAUGGCUUAUGAUAUCAUCGAGCAAUACUUUGCUGACGAGGAGGAGGACGCGACGCUGGUGCCGGCGGCGGCGGACGGCGGCUUCACCUUCGACCCCGCGCAGGGCGGCGCGCACGACGGCUUCCACUUCUAGGCGGCCCCGCCCCGCCCCGCUCCACCGCACCCCACGAGGGCUUCCACGCCCCGCCCCGCCCCGCCCCACCCCGUCACGCGCUACGACAAGCUUCACGCGGUAGUGCGAGUGAGUCACAUGUGAUACCAGCUGUAGCUUGAUCAGAGAUCGUCGAAACGGAUAGUUGCUGUGAUAUGUAUACGUUGUUACAGUCGUUGCAACGUUCCACUUGAUAUAAUUUGACAGUUAUGAGUUGACCCUAUUGAGGUAAUUGAUUUAUAAAGCAAAUAUAUACUAUCAGUUAGACUUCCGGUUCGAGCGCCAUCUUGAUGGCCACGCGUCGUGAUCAAUUGCUUUGUUUUUUGCUCAUUAAUAUUGUUUAAAGUGUAAUAUCGAUAGCCUAUUAUACAGUAAACUAAUGUGGUAGUGUGCAGUGAAUGGAGAAUUAAUCUUGAAGCACGUUUAACCAUCAUUUUGGAGUCAACGGCCGGUUGUCCACGUGUUUCCUGUAAAGUCCGCUAUCGCUUUACAAGAGCUAAAUCACCGUACACUGUCUUGUACUAACCGUACAAUUUCAAUCGUAUUACCCUGCUACUACGACCUUGACACUGGCGAAAUAGCCCCACUGGGCUGAAGCCAUAAUUUUAAAAGAAUGAAAAAAUACUAUCAGUUGAACGGUAGGUCUUAGCUUUGUUUAUGAAAGGGCCAAUUCUUGCUUUGCGGUGACUACAUGUAUUGUAUUGCACUUCGGAAUAUUUCUUUUUUAAUUACUUUGACGCAAUUUUUGCUCGAAACGCACUACAACAAAUGCGUUAGGCGUAACUAUCACAACAGCAUAUUUAGUCCCGUAAUUUUUGAACCCUGAACAUCAUAAAAAUUUAAAUUCGCGUGAACUUUACACAACACUAAAAUUGAUGAAUCUCAUGUGAUACAAAGCUACACCUUGACGCACAUGUGACUCACAAACGGUUGUGACUUUUUUUGUAAUCGUAAUUUGAAUCUUAUAAUAAUGUUUUAUAAAAUGGGGGUCGGGGUCAAACGAAUACAAAAAAGUCAUACACAAGUCGUAAUAAGACUAAAUGCUUGUAUAUAAGUCUAGGAAUGACGUUUUGAUUUAAUCCCGAAGCCUUUGCUCUAUGACACGAUUGAUUUAUGACGAAAGUAAUGCUCUCUCACUCCCACGUAUAGCGGCGUCCCUUUCGGUUAUAAUCGUGUUAUUUAGCACGCUUAAACAACUAAAAACCCUAAGUAAUCGUGAACGUAUCUUUAGUGAAUUUUAAAACAACCUCCCUGUUGAUAUUAAAUAUUUGUGAUUUGUAUAGUUAAAAAUAUGUAUACAUUUUUCAUAUUGCCUUCAAAGUCUGGUUUUCCUUUGGGUUGGAAGGUCAGAUGGCAGUCGCUUCCUUAAAAACUAGUUCCUACGCCAGAAACUUAAGAAUAUAUAGCCAAUAUUUGAUUAGAAUGAAAUAAGCAUUAAAUACCGGCAACGCACUUACAACCCCACUGGUGGCAGGUGUCCAUUAGCAACGGUAAUCGCUUACCAUCAGACGAUGCGUCCACUCGUUUGCCUCUUAUAUAAAAAAAAGCAUAGGGUGGUGAUGUUUUAGUAAAAAAAAAUGUAUACAUACUUAUAACUUAUACACGUGAUUCAAAAUAGGUAAUUUUUGUACAAUGAUUUUGUAGUUAAUGUACUAGCAGGGAGGUUGUUUAGAUGCUUGUGCCUUCGUCCAUCGUCGCAGGCAGCCAUUAUAGCGUUAUUAUGGACGGUGGUAUCCGUUUGUUUGAUGCCCUAAUAUUUUGAUUAUAUAACUUAGGUACAGUUAGCCAGAACUAUUUAAUGUGGCUAAAAUUUGAUAUGGAAUUUUGAUGUUUUUGUUGAUUCGGAUGUAUAUUUUGUGGUGGCUGACUGUACAAUAAAAGAAAAUUCAAAAUAGAAUACUUCCAGUUAGUCGUUAAUUAUGUUUCCAAUUAUUUUUUAUAUUUAUGUUAGAACAUUUAUUUAAAAAAUGUACUUGAAAAUUUUUUUAGUGAUUUAAAAGAAGGAUGUCAGACAAACUACCACAGCAUCUUAUGCCAAAAUCACCCAACGAUAAACUUACAUAAUAUAUUAUAUGUCAGACCACAGACAAUAAUAAAUGUCAGAAAGAUGCUUUUGUAAUAGAUGACGCUAUAUAGCUUCAUAAGACGUCAUGAAUAUUUUUUUUAAAUUGUUUUUAUUGUCUGUGGUCAAUGAUGUAAGUAUAUCGUGAACUACUGUACACGUUCGUAUUUAUUUCGCCAUACUCGGGCGGCGGGGCUAGCUGUAAGUAAACUAAGCGACUUCACGUCCGCUCGGCGGCGCAAAAAGGCCCUAGCACCGACAUUGUAUAAACUAGGUAAACUAAGUGUUGUACCUGUGGACAUCAUUGAUAUCUUGUAAAAUAGACUUAGACGAUUCUGUGCAAGUGUUAUUUUAGACGUCAAACUUCUAUGAAACUAAUGACGUAUCGUAUAAAUAAUCUUGCACAAUCUGUAGUGUCAAAAUCGUUGCAGAGUUGAAUGAAUGAAACGAAUGAAAUCUUGUAGCAAGUUGGUGUUGCCACACAAAAAAAAUGGAUACAAUCAAUCGUUGCGUUCAGAUUUUAUUUUAUUUUACAAGGUAAAUGGUGUUCACAGGUACAACACUUGCCCCUAUAAUUGAUGUAAAGUUAAAUCGGCUGCCCACGGUGCUGCGGCUUCGUUGUGAUAACUCUAAUGUGAUGAUCUAUUGUUUUUUUUUUCACUUGUUUUAUCGAUUUCGUAAUUUGAUGGACAAACACGAAAACGGGUCGUACAGAGGUCUUUCCUGUGACGGAAAAUUAAGUUUACUGGAGGGAAACAAAUAAUACACGCUCUUAUGGCUCUAAUAAAAAUAAGAUUGUGUUUAAUAUUUUUUGUGCACUUUGUUGUGGCAAAAAAAUAGAAUUCAUUGCACUUAAUUUUCGGUAACAGGAGAGACAGUUCGUUUUUCUAUGUCUGUAUGACUCAAAUAGCUUUAAUGAAAGCGUCGUGAGUUACUAGCGUAUGCAUCGACAGCUUUUGAUAUAACAUAGUAUUUAUGUUUCAUUUUAACUCAGAACGUAUGAGCGUAGGCUCUAUGAAAUUAUGUUCAGUAUGACAUUGAGCCCAUUUGUAUCUAUAUCAAUAAAUUCUGUCCAAUUU